CCUUAGGGUUUUAGGAUGGAGCGCGAUGGCGAUGGCGAUGGCCAGGAAGAGGUUUGCUUCGAGAAUCUGGAUCGAGUGCCCCUCUUCGCCGUGAGGAAUGCGCCGGAGGAGACGCUCUUGCUGUGGUGCUUCCAGCAGCCGACCGCUGCACGGCACAAUGCGUUUGUCCAGCAAGAAUCGCUCCGCUUCACGAUCUCUGCCGCUGGCUAUGAUAUUCUGAUCCAUCAGGCACCGUCUUCGAUGCAAAAACCAGGUGUGACAGGCGCGGUGGUGUGGGAUUCGGCCGUGAUCCUCACGAAAUUUCUAGAGCACGCUGUGGAUAGCGGGACGCUCGAGCUCCAAGGGAAGAAAUGCGUGGAGCUCGGAGCUGGAUGCGGCCUUGCCGGAUGUGUUGCAGCGCUUCUCGGUGCCAGAGUCAUUCUCACGGACUUGCCGGAUCGCUUAAGACUUCUCCAGAAAAAUGUGGACGAGAACGUGAGCUGCUUUGCUGCUAGAGGCUCCGCUUGUGUGAGAGAGCUUUCGUGGGGAGAUGAAAUAGACAACGAGGUCAUCGAUCCAUCUCCAGAUUAUGUGAUUGCGUCGGAUGUGAUUUACAACGAGAAAGCUGUCCAAGAUCUUCUCGACACUCUGGAAAAGCUCUGCGACAGCAAAACGCUGGUGAUUAUCGCUGGUGAACUCCGAAAUGAUGCUGUGCUUGAGUAUUUUUUAGAACGCGCUCUCCAUCGUUUCUCGAUCGGGCGACUUGCGACGAACUUUUGGCACCCGUCCUACAAGAGUCAACGGGUGGUACUAUAUGCGUUGACUAGAAUCAGUAAAAAGUUCGAUGGGGAUAUUCGUCCUCUGGGGAUUUAUGGCUGUGAUCAUACCGAGAGCUGCAAUUACGUGCAAGAAAUUUAGCUUUGCAAGGAAGUUGCCGGUCUGGCGACAUUGUCUCCAAAGUACUACAGCUGCCUCUUCCACAAAAGUAUUUCAUUUCUUAGAAUACUUGGUAGUGGAGGAGAUUCAAUCUCUAUAAGUAAGCAGCUUACCUUUUUAUUUUUU